AUGACUGGUAUUGAAGCCAAAGUGGUUGUUUUAGGAUGUCCGAACGUCGGUAAAUCUGCCCUAACUGUGAGAUUCCUAACAGGAAGAUUCAUUGGUGAAUAUGAAUCUAAUUUAGAUCGUUACUACAAACAUUUAGUGCCACACAAUGACGUGUCAAUGUCAAUUGAAGUACUGGACAGUUGCUGCCAAGAGCAAGAACUUGGAGAAGAAUUGUUGUGUAAAGAAUCUCACGUCAAAUGGGGGGACGCGUUCGUAGUCGUCUACAACAUAUGUGAUAGGAGAACUUUUGAUGUAUUGGAAAGACAAAUACAGUACAUCCACAAAGCAAAAGUACCAUGUUCGGUUCCCAUAGCAAUAAUCGGGAAUAAAACCGAUCUCAACGCUCAUCGACAGGUCCCACUCGAGGAUGGGGAAUUACUUGCCGAAGAGUAUGGAUGUCACUUUUUUGAAGUUACCGCUAGAGGGGGCUGUACCGGCGUGUCGAAAGCGUUUACUUCAAUUGUCCAAGACGUGAACACGACUAAGAGACAGAAAACCACAUUGCGCAGGCGUAACAGCGUCACCAAGGCGAUCAGCAAUAAAGUGUUAUCAGCUGUUCAAACAUUCAGGACUAAACAACCCCAUCACCAGCAAUCAAAUUCUCUCCGCUCCCGACAUCAUCAUCAGCACCACCAUCCAGGUGAAACCUCGUACGUGAAACCAAAAUCAAGGAAAACUUCGCUUCAAAUGUUUUGA